GAAUGCGCCACUUUAGAGAUGUCAAAAUCCCGUGAUUUCUUGCCACUGUCACGUUGACAGUUUGCUUUCAGCCACUGUUUUUUCAGUCAAGUCAGCUGACUUCGAUCUCGUGAACUGAAUUUGAGUAUAUUUUUCUUGAUUCCAAUAAGCAAAUAUGUCUUCAAAGGACAGACUACCUAUAUUUCCUUCCAGAGGUGCACAAAUGUUGAUGAAGGGUAGGCUAAAGGGAGCCCAGAAAGGGCACAGUUUAUUGAAGAAGAAAGCUGACGCAUUGCAGAUGAGGUUCCGUAUGAUUUUGAACAAAAUUAUUGAGACCAAAACCUUGAUGGGAGAAGUAAUGAAAGAAGCAUCAUUCUCGCUAGCUGAAGCCAAAUUUGCAACAGGUGACUUCAAUCAAGUGGUACUACAAAAUGUCACCAAGGCUCAGAUAAAAAUCAGAACCAAGAAGGAUAAUGUAGCAGGUGUAACACUGCCAGUCUUUGAGUGGUACCAAGAUGGCACAGAUACCUAUGAGUUUGCUGGAUUGGCAAGAGGUGGUCAACAGUUGGCCAAAUUGAAGAAAAACUAUCAGAGUGCUGUCAAGUUGCUUGUAGAACUUGCAUCUCUGCAGACUUCAUUUGUGACAUUGGAUGAAGUCAUCAAGAUUACAAACAGAAGAGUUAAUGCUAUUGAGCAUGUUAUCAUUCCAAGGAUCGAGCGCACUCUGCAAUACAUCAUAUCUGAACUGGAUGAGCUGGAAAGAGAAGAAUUUUACCGUCUGAAAAAGAUCCAGGACAAAAAGAAGGUGAUUAAGGCAUUCAAAGAGAAAGAAAGGCUAGCUAUGAUUGAAGCUGGUAUCUUGAGGGAGUCGCAGGCCCAGAAUUUGCUAGAUGAGGGAGAUGAAGAUAUCCUCUUCUAGAUUUAAAUGAUAUGUAAUAAAAAAAAUGAUUGGUAUGUAAGAGUCGGUUGAGUGUGAAUACUCCACUAUUUCAUGGUUUGCUGAUAUAGGUCACUUAUUCAUUUAGACAUUUUAUGAUUAUUAUUAUAAUAAAAUUGCUAUAGAUUACUGUUGAACACCAGCAAAGAGACAAUAUACAUUGGAAAUAAAAAAUAGUUAUUUCCAUUCCAAUAAAUCACUAGAAUCUUUACAAGGAAGCAAACCUUGUAUACUAGGUGAACAUCAAAUGCCUGGUAUUCAAGAGUGUUUUUCUGUCUCAAAUGUUACUCAAUUUUGGGAGUGCUAAAUCAGGUUCAACUAAAAAUAGAACGGUUUUUUGUUAAGGGUUGGCUGGCUUUAACCAACAUGUUGAAUUUCUGAGUGAAAAUUAUUAAUGGGGAUGGUUCCAUACUUUUCUUUUUGUUUCAGUAUUAUGAUAUUGAAAUCAUUAUAGUUGUUAUGUACAUACAUAUGUAUAUCAUUGAUGAUGUAUCAUUUUGAUUUUGAAUGGCAAUAAAAUUGGCAUCGCCUACAAAAAUGUAUUACUGUAGAA